AUGAGUGAAGCAGACUCGGCUUCGAGCUCCUCCGCUGCCGCAUCUCAUAGGGUGCGCAUCGUCGGCUCGUCUGCCGCCGCAAGCAGCUCUUCGCGCAACAAGCUCCUCCUCCCGGCAGACAGUAUCCGCACUCUUCGGCUGCAGACAGGUGAUGCUGCGGUCAUCUUGGCAGAGGACUCUGAGGAUGGAGGCUUCAUCGUUGGAUCUGUGUGGCCAUCUUUCACCCUCGAAGUUGGCACCGUCCGCUUGCCCACUGCCGCACACAUUCCGGCCAGUCUGCAAGCCGGCCAACGCGCGGUUGUACUUCCUCUGCAUCCUGUGCAUUCCACCAUGCCGCUCAAACGCCCACCCACGGCUGUCAGGCUCACCUUGACCCCAGCUUCAGCUGCCUCAGACCCUCAUCAUGACCCUUUGAAGCUCGGAAAGUCGGAUCGCCAGAUGCUCACCGUGCAAGCAAAAGAGUGCCUUGCCGAUCUCGAAUGCAUCCAUCUCGGCCAAUUGUUUUCAUUGGGCUUCCACGGACAAGUGUAUACAUUUACCAUCUCGAGCGUCAUGGAUAUCGAUGGUCAACAUGGAUGCGAGGUGUCGCUCUCCGCGUCGUCGCCCCGCUCCACCUCUACUUCGGUGACAACACGAGUCUCUACGGUCACUCGUGCCACGGCUGUGUCCAUCGUUGCAGCCCAAAUGGACUCUGCCGACCCCGCCAAUGUUGCGUUCAUCUCCAAAGAGGAUCCUUACUCCAAGCUUGGAGGCCUUGACCGCCAGAUUGCCGAAAUCAAGACGCUCAUCGAAAUGCCCCUCAUGUCGCCCGAAAUCUUCGUGCAGUACGGCCUCAAGCCUCCCAAGGGCGUUCUUCUUUACGGACCUCCGGGCACCGGCAAGACCUCUCUUGCGCGAGCAGUGGCGGCUGCUACAGGCUCCUCCUACCUCACCAUCAACGGGCCCGAACUCUCGUCCGCCUUUCACGGAGAGACCGAAUCCAAGCUCAGAGACAUCUUCAAGGAGGCCAGGCGCAAGAGCCCAUGCAUCAUCAUCAUCGACGAAAUCGAUGCCCUCGCUCCACGCAGGGAAGGCGGCUCCGGCGAUGGCUCCAACGCAGACGGUGCAGGCGAAGUGGAACGCAGAGUCGUUGCACAGCUUCUCACCCUCCUCGAUGGCAUGGAGGACGGCAGCGGCGAAGACAGCGAUGACGACCACAUCGACGAAGAGCAACGAGGAAACGCAGCUUCUCCGUCUGAAAGCGGGCAAAAGAUCGCAUCCGGUGUCGACAAGCCACCAGCGCGCGUUGUCAUCCUAGCCGCAACGAACCGACCAAACGCGAUCGAUCCCGCACUGCGCCGCUACGGGCGCCUGGAUCGCGAGAUCGAGAUUGGUGUCCCCGACAAGCUUGCUCGCCAAGACAUCCUCCGCACUCUGGUACAACCUGUACCCAACGAUCUUACUGCCGAGCAAGUCAACGAUCUGGCCGGACGAACGCACGGAUUCGUGGGCGCCGACCUCUCGGCGUUGGUUCGCGAGGCAGGCAUGCGCGCUGUCCGACGGACGUUCGCUCGUCAACAGUCCAAGUCGGGUCAACUCGACGUGCAGCUUCAGUCAAUGUCACUCAGCCGAGCUUCACCUUCGGCUCCGGCCGUGCAGGGACAUCUGGACAGAGUCACUGCAGCAGACCUGCUUGCUGCGCUCUCUGUCGUUCGACCCUCGGCCAUGCGCGAGAUCUUCCUCGAACCGCCAAAAGUAUACUGGUCCGACAUCGCCGGCUCUGCCACACCCUCCUCGGGAGGCUCUGGCGCCCUGUCCACCAAGUCGGUCCAAGCUCAAGUGCGAGAACUCGUUGAGUGGCCGAUCAAACAUGCUGCCAGCUUCGCACGUCUCGGUGUCUCACCGCCCAGAGGCGUCCUCUUGUACGGACCACCAGGCUGCUCCAAAACCCUGAUCGCGCGCGCGCUCGCCACCGAGUCCGGUCUCAACUUCCUCGCCGUCAAGGGGCCCGAGCUCUACUCCAAGUAUGUCGGAGAGUCCGAGCGCGCCAUCCGCGAGACGUUCAAAAAGGCCAGAGCUGCGGCACCCAGCAUUGUCUUUUUCGACGAGAUCGACGCGCUCUCCGCCAGCCGCGACGGCGAGCAGUCGGGCGGUGACGCUUUGAAUAGCCGCAUCAUCGCCACCCUGCUCAACGAGAUGGACGGCAUCGAAGCCAUGUCGGACGUCAUCGUCGUCGGGGCUACCAAUCGUCCCCAGUCGCUCGACCCAGCACUGCUGCGUCCGGGAAGGCUCGACAGGCUCGUCUACGUAGGACCGCCCGAUCACAAUGCUAGGAUGCAGAUCCUACGCACGAGGAUGGCGAAAAUGGCUGUGGCCGAGGAUGCCGUGGACCUCGACAAACUCGCCCACAUGACCGAGGGCUGCUCCGGCGCCGAGGUCGUGUCAGUUUGCCAAGAAGCAGGCCUGCUCGCGAUGGACGAAGACAUCAAUUGCGACAAGAUCAAGCAGCAGCACUUCGAGAGCGCAGCUUCCUCGGUGAAGCGGCGCAUCACAUCGCUCAUGAUCCGACAAUACGAGACGUGGAGGGACACGCUCGUCGUCUAG